AUGCCGAAUUUGAGUAAGAAGAAGUGCCAAUGGAAUGUCCAGCCAGCGACUAAGGAAUAUCGUGCCCAGUUACCAUCAGACCCUAACCCUAGAAACUUGCAAUACCGACCUAAACAGACACCUGUUGAGGAACUAUACCGAAGAUAUAAGGAUCCACAUGAAGAGAUGAUCAUGGCUGAGGGUAUCAGUCGCCUCUGCACUGAUCUCGAUGUGGAUCCCCAAGACAUUGUCAUGUUGGUUAUGUCAUGGCACAUGAAGGCAGCCACCAUGUGCGAGUUUUCAAAGCAAGAGUUCUUCAAUGGACUUAAAGCCCUAAAGAUUGAUUCCAUUGAGAAGUUCCGAAGCGCGCUACCGUCUAUGAGAUCUGAGCUGAAGGAUAAGGACAAGUUUAAGGAGGUGUAUAAUUUUACUUUUGACUGGGCAAAGGAAAAGGGGCAGAAGUCUUUGCAGCUGGAUACUGCAAUUGGAAUGUGGCAAUUGCUGUUUGCCGAAAUGACUCCGAAGUGGCCCUAUGUUGAUCAAUGGUGUGAAUUCUUGGAGGAGAGGCACAAGCUGGCAAUACCUAAGGACACAUGGAAUCAACUAUUGGAUUUUGUAAGGAAUGUGGAUCCAUCGCUGUCGAAUUUUGAUGAAGAAAGAGCUUGGCCCUGUCUUGUCGACGAUUUUGUGGAUUACUUGAAGGAGAAAGGCUUGGUGCAAACUACUUAG